CUACACUUUGCUUGUACACCGUCUUCCCUAUUUUCGCAAGUAUGUUAACUCCAGAACUUGGCUUUGCUUCUUGUGUGCUGUGAAGAGGCAAAUGUACGGACGAGGAGAAAUAUGAAUAGUUAAAGUACAAGACACCAGAAAGGCCACGUGUUUUUGCACUCCACUGGUGUAUUUAUUUGUAUAGGAGAAAUCCUGGCAUUUGUGUGGCUCCAAAGGCGGGUGCUGGUAAGAGACCCCUGAACAUAUUUUGACUAGACCCGAUGUCGCUCCCCUCCCCGGGACCCCAGUGUUGUGUACAUAACGCAGUGUGGCGAUAUUUCCACAGGAAUAUUCUUUCUGGCGCGUGCCCGUAUUUGUCUACGCUUUCCUGGUAACAACCAGAUACACGUUGUUGGUGCCAUUGAUCAUAGGACUCCUGGCUGUAUGUUAUGCGGAUGGCCGCUGGCACUUGCUCGUGUUCUCUCGGUCGGGAUCCGGACGUCUGUGCGCGACCCACUGCUUCGAUAUGGAAGAUGCGUCAAUAAGACCGACGAAAACAAACUUUGCCGCCGUUUGACCAUUUUUAGAAUACCACACAUCAAGGGGACCCUCUUCAAGCUGUGAGUCAGAAUGACGUUGGGGCGCCACUGGCCAGGAAAGGGCACCCCAUAGGGCUAGCGGCCGGGCAGCAGACCAGUCAGGACAGCCGGCCCGUAGAGACGCACCCGUGGCCUUCGCGUCUUCGGGGCUAGACUCGGCGCCGCUUCCUGAACUACUUCCGUUGUCAGAGUGACGUGAGAGGAUUUCGAGUGUAUCUGAGAGGUAGAUGGUCUGAAACGUCGCGCCAAACGUUCCCUGGCGACAGAACCGAGGUCAGGAGAGGAAAAGGAGAUUGGGAAAGAGAGGGAGAGAGAAGGACCGUCCUAGAGCAGCUGGGAUUAUGACGUUACGUUGUUGAGGAGAGAUAGAUCUGAUGCACCUUCCAUUCGGCGAGUGCACCAUAACAGAACUCGAGCGUGCUGCAGGAAUAUUACCCCUGACAAUACCGCCUGUAGCAUUGAGCCAUGGAUGCUUGGGUGCGCCUGUUUCUGCUAGCAGGAUCAUUCCUGAUAUGUUCACCAGCGGCCUUCGGUCAGCCGUUUCUACACCUCCGGCCGAGGCCUUCGGACGAUCUGCCCGUCCUGGACCUUAUUGAACCACCGAACUCUGAGUUUGACCCCAAGGAGGCGGACUUGGACGUGCAGAUCCUUCGCAAGCUCCUGGGAAGACAGUACGAUCCGUAUUACAUGUCCAUAGAGCACCCCGACCCGGCCAUGCUCCAUGCUAACUGUACGUUGAACGGAGAGUCGAACGAAGGGAACCGGUGUAAGCCGCCUGGCCCCAAGCCGCGCUGGAUAGACGACCUGGACGUCGGCACCUUUCCCAGCGGACGUAAGGUGAAGCUGUCCAGGAAAUCGCGGAGAAAAUUCAAGAUGUGGAUGUGGUCCCUGACGCACUGCCCCGUGGUGCACUCCUGGAAGGACCUGGGCGUGCGGUUCUGGCCGAGAUGGGUGAAGGAGGGGCGCUGCUCCACCGGGCGAUCCUGCUCCUUCCCGCCCGGCAUGACCUGCAGGCCCUCGCGGUCCGUCAUGAAAACAUUCCUCCGCUUUCACUGCCAGGGCUGGGGAAAGCAGCACAACUGCAACUGGAUCAAGAUCCACUACCCUCUCAUCGCGGAGUGUAGCUGCUCCUGUUAGCACCUGAUCACAGCGAUAACCACGGAGGCACCUGCUGGGACUAUGACUAUGUGGCCCGGUUUUCGGACGGAUUUCUUGAACAGAACGUCUCCAAGGAACGGGGUAGAACUCGCUCUGCGUGACAACGCGCCGCGUCGAGGUGAAGACGACGUACUGACAUUAUUUUUGUAUGUUUAUUUGAAACAUAUCUAUAUAUAUUGUUCCGAAGUGUAUAUACGAGCUGACUGGAACGGUGAUGUUAAUAUGGAGUUCGUAUUGUCACACGUGUUCCUUCCGUAUCGGGAGUCGGACGAUUCGUAAGGAUCUAGGUAGGACUAAGAACUAACCUUUCUUUUUUACAUGAGCAACAUCGCAUGUUUGUACCGAAGAAAUUGCAAAUCUUAAAAUCACUAAGAUGUUAGUCCGGAAGUCCAGCAAUAGCUGGGAGGAAGGGUAAGAGUAACGGAUGAGGUACCGCCUCACUGUCAGGAUUUGGCAAAUGAAAUGUGGAAGCAAAUGAAUCUGGGCUGUCUUGCUACUCAUUACUCUGUGCGUUGUUUUAUUUCUCCUU